UAGAAUAGGUAGGAUUUGCGAAACGCUGGCUUUCAAGUCCUCUAGUCUCCACCCGAAGAUGAUUAUCAUAGCUGAAGUUUUGGCUACCGCGUGGACCCUCCCGAAGGGCAGGACCCGCAGCCUUUCCUCCGGGAGUUGGGACCCGGCCAGAGCUGGGUCGUGGCCGAGCGGAAACCGAACCCGGGGUCGGGGUGGCGGGCAGCGCGUGUGAGUCCGGGUCUCCGGAGACCGAGUUCUGGAGGAAUCGAGUCCCAGGAGGUGUCCGGUUCCCGGAGGAAUCCGCCGUCGCUUCGGCUCCUGCGGCGGUGAGAAUGAAGGUCAAGAAAUCCUGGAUUGAAGGAGUAUUCUACAAGAGAGAAUGUAACAAAUUCAUACCCAGCUCAAAAGACCCUCACAGAUGCACUCCAGGCUGCCAAGUCUGCCAGAAUUUAGUCAGGUGUUACUGUGGCCGGCUGAUUGAAGAUCAUCAUGGGAUGGACUUCGCCUGGGGCCUCCCAGCGAUGGAAGGCGAUGGCAACGAGCAGUGGUGUGUUGAGAAGCACACAGCAAAAAGCCCUACAGAUGCCUUCGGCACCAUUAAUUUCCAAGAUGGAGAACAUAUCUACCACUCCAAGUAUAUUAGAACUUCUUGUGAUACAAAAGCGGAUCAUCUGUUGCAUUUAAUGUUGAAAGAAUGGAAUAUGGAGCUGCCGAAGCUUGUGAUCUCUGUCCAUGGGGGUCUCCAGAACUUCAAGAUGUCCUCCAAGAUCAGAGAGACCUUCAGCCAGGGUCUGGUCAAAGCUGCAGAGACCACAGGAGCAUGGAUAAUUACCGAAGGCAUAAACUCAGGCGUGUCCAAGCAUGUGGGGGAUGCCUUAAAAGCCCACUCCUCUAUGUCUUUGAGGAAAAUCUGGACAGUUGGAAUACCUCCUUGGGGUGUCAUUGAGAACCAGAGAGAACUGAUUGGAAAAGAUGUGGUAUGCAUGUACCAGACUCUGGGUAACCCGCUCAGCAAGCUCACCACACUCAACUCUAUGCACUCUCACUUCAUCCUGUGUGAUGAUGGGACUGUGGGCAAGUAUGGCAAUGAAAUGAAGCUCAGGAGGAACCUGGAGAGGCAUCUCUCAAUGCAGAAGAUAAACAGCUGCUCAAGACAAGGUGUCCCUGUGGUGGGGCUGGUGGUGGAAGGAGGUCCUAAUGUCAUCCUCUCGGUGUGGGAGACUGUCAAGAACCAGGAGCCCGUGGUGGUGUGCGAGGGGACAGGCAGAGCUGCUGACCUCUUGGCCUUCACCUACAAACAUUUGGAGGAUGGGGGGAUUCUGCGCCCUCAGGUGAAAGAAGAGAUCUUCUGUCUGAUUCAGAACAUGUUCAACUUUAGCCUUAGACAGUCUAAGCACCUUUUUCAAAUUCUAAUGGAGUGCAUGGAACACAAGGAUUCCAUUACCAUAUUUGAUGCUGAUUCUGAGGAGCACCAAGACCUUGAUUUGGCAAUCCUCACGGCUUUGCUGAAGGGUACAAGCUUAUCGCUAUCAGAACAAUUAAAUCUGGCAAUGGCUUGGGACAGAGUGGACAUUGCCAAGAAACAUAUCCUAAUUUAUGGACAGCAUUGGAAGCCUGAAGUUCUAGAACAAGCAAUGUUAGAUGCCUUAGCGAUGGAUCGGGUGGAUUUUGUGAAGCUCUUGAUAGAAAAUGGGGUGAACCUCCACCGUUUCCUCACCAUCCCCCGGCUGGAAGAUCUUUAUAACACAAAACAAGGACCAACUAAUACAUUUUUGCAUCAUCUUGUCCAAGAUGUAAAGCAGCACACACUUCUCUUGAGCUACAGAAUCACGCUCAUCGACAUCGGGCUGGUAAUAGAGUACCUCAUUGGGGGAGCAUAUCGAAGCAGCUACACUAGGAAAAGUUUCAGGGUGCUCUACAACAACCUCUACAGAAAACGCAAGAGUGUGAGCAGCUUUGCUCAGAGCCUUUCCCAGCACCCUUUUCAUCAGAGAUAUUCCUUGGGAAAUCGAAAGGAGUCUUCGGAAAGCACACUGCAUUCCCAGUUCUUUAGGACUGCCCAGCCCUACAAAUCCAAGGACAAGGCUGAAGACUCCAAUAAAUCCAAGAAGAAGUCAAAGGAAAGACACAGCCUAUCAGAGGACCCUGAGGCCGUUGGUUUCCUCUACCCGUACAAUGACCUGCUGGUGUGGGCUGUGCUGAUGAAGAGGCAGAAGAUGGCCAUGUUCUUCUGGCAGCAUGGCGAGGAGGCCACAGUCAAGGCUGUCAUUGCUAGUAUUCUGUACAGAGCCAUGGCCCGGGAAGCCCAGGAGAGCAACAUGGUUGACGAUACUUCAGAAGAGUUGAAAAAUUACUCGGAGGAGUUUGGCCAGCUCGCCCUGGAUGUAUUGGAGAAGGCCUUCAAGCAGAACGAGCCGAUGGCCAUGAAGCUGUUGACCUAUGAACUCAAGAACUGGAGCAAUUCCACCUGCUUGAAACUGGCGGUGUCUGGGGGACUGCGGCCCUUUGUGUCACAUUCUUGUACCCAAAUGCUACUAACAGACAUGUGGAUGGGACGUCUGAAGAUGAGGAAAAACUCCUGGCUGAAGAUAAUCAUCAGUAUCCUUUUACCACCCAUGAUUUUGACAUUGGAAUUUAAAAGCAAAGCAGAGAUGUCACAUGUCCCACAAUCCCAGGAUUUCCAGUUUACGUGGAAUUACAGCGACCAGAGCCUGAAUAGCACCAAAGAGAGUGUGAAAGACUAUGACUUGGAAAGAGGCCCUGAUGAGAAGCCGGAUGGAAAUCUGCACUUAGACUUAAGAAAAGAGCCCCAGAGCCUCCCCUGGACGAGGAGAAUCUAUGAAUUCUACAGCGCUCCCUUUGUCAAGUUUUGGUUUUACACGAUGGCUUAUUUGGCAUUCCUCAUGCUGUUCACUUACACAGUGUUGGUGGAGAUGCACCCCCAACCCAGCAUACAAGAGUGGCUUGUCAUCAUUUAUAUCUUCACCAAUGCCAUUGAGAAGGUCAGGGAGAUCUGCAUUUCAGAACCCAGCAAGUUUACUCAAAAGGUGAAGAUGUGGCUGAGUGAGUACUGGAAUCUAAUGGAGACAGUGGCUAUUGGCCUGUUUUCAGUUGGUUUUGGCCUACGGUGGGGACACCCACCUCUGCUCACUGUAGGAAGACUCAUCUACUGCAUAGACAUCAUAUUCUGGUUCUCUCGGCUCAUGGACUUCUUCGCUGUGAAUCAACACGCGGGGCCGUACGUGACCAUGGUUGCAAAGAUGGCAGCAAACAUGUUCUACAUCGUGGUCAUGAUGGCCAUCGUCCUGCUGAGCUUUGGCGUGUCGCGCAAAGCCAUCCUCUCACCAAAGGAGCCUCCUUCCUGGCGCCUGGCUCGGGAUAUUGUAUUUGAGCCCUAUUGGAUGAUGUAUGGAGAAGUCUAUGCUUCAGCGAUAGACGUUUGUUCAGGUGAAACUUCAUGUCCUCCGGGUUCUUUCCUGACCCCGUUCCUGCAAGCUGUCUACCUCUUUGUGCAGUACAUCAUCAUGGUGAACCUGUUGAUCGCCUGCUUCAACAACAUUUACUUAGAUAUAAAAUCCAUCUCAAAUAAGCUCUGGAAAUACAACCGCUAUCGCUACAUCAUGACCUAUCACCAGAAGCCCUGGCUGCCGCCGCCUUUCACCCUGCUGAAUCACAUGUGCCUGCUCCUCCGAGGGCUGUGCUGCCGACCAGCGCCGCAUGACCAGGAAGAGGGUGAUGUCGGGCUAAAACUCUACCUCACAAAGGAUGACCUGAAAAAGCUUCAUGAUUUCGAGGAGCAGUGUGUGGAGAAAUAUUUCCAUGAGAAGACGGAAGGUCUGAAUUGUAGUUUUGAGGAACAAAUCCGAGUGACGUCAGAAAGGGUUUCAGAGAUGUUCUUCCAACUGAAAGAAAUGAACGAAAAGGUGUCUUUUAUAAAGGACUCCUUAUUAUCCUUGGAUAGCCAGGUGGGACACCUACAGGACCUCUCUGCCCUGACUGUUGACACCCUAAAGGUCCUUUCUGCUGUUGACACCUUGAAAGAAGAUGAGAUACUUUUGUCCAGCAGAAAGCAUUCUGCUGGCAGAAAACAUCCCCACAGCUGGACCAAUGUCAUCUGUGCAAAUGUUCUAAGCAGCAUGGGGAGCUGCGGAAAGAAGAAAUUUCAGUACUAUAGCAUGCCCCCUUCUUUGCUGCGGAGUCUUGCUAGAAGCCAGCUUCCCCAACAAGUGCAGAGUGGUGCCCUUGUGGAGGUUACACACAGCAAGAGAGAGGACCCCCAUGUAAGAGAAGACCAGGAGGAACAAGAAAUGAAAUCGAGGACAGUUACUUCCGGGAUGUCCCAUGUCAGACAAACACACUCCAAGUACGGCCAGUUUCUCCUGGUCCCAUCUUCUGGCGAGCAAGUUCCUUUGUCUUUGAGGACAUCCCCACCUCUUUUAAGAUCAUCUAAGGAGGCAGACAUGGAUGGCCUGGCACUGGAACAUACACAUCACACUGAGAUCACUAUCAACCUGCCUGGGCAGACCCCUGCUGCCUCCCACCAGGCAUUGGUAGCAGAACACAAAGAGCAACACAAGGAAGUCACACAGAUGCCAGCCAAACCUGAAAAGGCAGAACAAGAUCCACUCAUGUUCAGUGGCAUACCUGCUCCUGUGUCAAUAACCUCUCUUCCCUCCAGAGCUGUCAGUAUGCAGGAUGAAGGUGGAUAUUUGAACUGGGCAUUUUCAGAAAGUGACGAAACUGAUGUGUUUAGUUUUGGAAAAAAGUGGAAAACUUGCUUGCCCUCCACUGGCAGCAGUGACUCCAUUCCAGAUGGAGUCUGCUCUCAGCAGAUUGGAGACGAGUCUGGACUGCACAGCUCAAAAAGGCUGGCCAACGGUGGUGAGUGCUCAGUGGGGGAAGGACCAUGGACCCAACCGAGAAGAUCCUUUUGGAUCAAUCCUCUCCGCAGAGACAGACCUCUCAUUAAGAGCCACAGUUUAAGAUUCCACAAGGAGGAGAGACUGAAGAAAAGCUGGAAUAACAGUAGCCUUUCAAAAUCCUCAGAGACAGGUUCAGCAUGGAUCAAAGCAAAACUGCUAACCAAGAACAGGAGCCUGUCAAAGAAAAAGAAGACUCAGGGACUCCAGGUGCCCGUGAUAACAGUGAAUGCGUGCUAUCAAAGUGACCAGUUGAAUUCAGCGCCAGAAGAGACAAACAGCGCUGCAGAGUUCAACAAGAACUGGCUCUCUGUGUCCAACUUCAGCCAGAUAAGUUUAGAACCUUAUAUAUAUCAUAAAAUGAAAAUGAAGGAAAUUGAGCAACAUACUACCCAAGCCAGUGAUUACCUAAAGUGCUGUGAAGAGGACCCGGAUGAAAACCCUUCGUGGAAUUCCAGGAGCGCCAGCCUCAACAGGCGAUUUCAAACAAGAAGCCCAAAUGAAGUUGACAAGAUCUCGGCCUCCUUAAAAAGCCCUCAAGAGCCUCAACACCAUUAUUCAGCCAUUGAAAGGAAUAAUUUAAUGAGGCUGUCUCAGACUAUACCGUUUACACCAAUCCAGCUGUUCGCAGGAGAGGAAGUGACCAUCUACAAGCUUGAAGAAAGUUCCCCUCUGACCCUCGACAAGAGCAUGUCCUCCUGGUCCCAGCAUGGCAGAGCUGCCAUGAUCCAGGUGCUGUCACAAGAGGAAAUGGAUGGAGGCCUCCGCAGAGCCAUGCGAGUCCUCAGCACCUGGUCUGAGGACGACGUACUCAAGCCCGGCCAGGUUUUCAUUGUGAAGUCCUUCCUCCCAGAGGUUGUGCAGACGUGGUAUAAAAUCUUUCAGGAGAGCACUGUGCUUCAUCUUUGCCUUAGGGAAAUUCAACAGCAAAGAGCUGCCCAAAAACUCAUCUAUACCUUCAACCAAGUAAAACCACAAACUAUUCCCUAUACUCCAAGGUUUCUAGAGGUUUUCUUGAUCUACUGCCAUUCAGCCAACCAGUGGUUAACCAUUGAGAAGUUCAUGUCUGGGGAGUUCCGGAAAUACAAUAACAACAACGGUGAUGAAAUCGCACCCACCAACACCCUGGAAGAGCUGAUGUUGGCUUUCUCUCACUGGACAUAUGAGUACACCCGGGGAGAGCUGCUGGUUUUAGAUUUGCAAGGUGUUGGAGAAAACUUGACAGACCCGUCUGUUAUAAAGCCCGAAGACAAACAAUCAAGAGGGAUGGUGUUUGGACCGGCCAAUUUAGGGGAAGAUGCAAUUAGAAGCUUCAUUGCAAAACAUCGCUGCAACGCCUGCUGUGGGAGGCUCAGGCUGCCGGAUUUAAAAAGAAAUGAUUAUUCUCUCGCAAGGACACAUCGCAACUCGGGACUAGAGAAAAUUGUUGAACCCGCUGAGGGGCUUCCAGCAAGAGACAUAAAUAGAAGUUCCAUGGAAGAUCUCACACGUCUAUAAGAAGGGAGGCAAAGGAAGAUGACGGUUUCCCAGCUCCUUCUGCCGUGAACUCUGAGGUGACGAACAUAGAUCGGCACGGUCCUGUGUCAGAAUCUCUGUCAGGAUGACUUUGCAAUGUGGAACUCCCUGGAAGUGUCCUCUGACCCUCCUCUCCCACUGCGCAGAGGGCACAGCAUAUCAUGGAGGGCUCCUCCUGCGUAUUGACCUCUGGGCAGAAUGUUUGGUGUACAUUGCUCAUCAGCAGGUUCUGCAUCAAGACUCUAGAUGAGCCAGUUAGGAAUACUUUUCUUUAUACCUCAUUGCUUCAGCUGGCCACUUGGAGCUGUUGGAGUAGAGUGCGGCACACUCAGGAUCCAGGGGAUAAAUUAAUUUAUUUUCUCACUGUGUUGCAGACUGGUCCCUACUGUGAUUCAUUAUUUCAUCCAGGGGUUGUACAUAUGUGUAUACAUACGUUAAGAAUAUAUGUGAUUUCUUCUUUCUUUUAUAGCAAUAUAAGAUUUGAAUAGCAGCAGCAGGGAAAACCCUGGGAAGAGUGUCUGUUGGCCUUGUUUGGAGCAUAAAUAGCCAUAAAAAGUCCAUGUCUAGAUACAUUGGAGUAUUAUCAUCCAAUCACUUGGGUUUUUCCAGUGUCUUCGAACAAAAGAAAAGGACAAAUAUAAACCAAUCUUUCUUGCAUCUUUUUUUUUCAAAGAAAAUGAGGAUAUAUGUAGGAUAUGUAAUGCUGCAAACUGUUAAGAAAGGUUUUACUUUAUUAAUCUCAGAAACACUAUGGCCAGAAACCCUUGCCACUCUGUUCAUCCUCUCCCUCUCAGCGCUGUAUCCUGUCACAUCCAUGCUCUCCUUGUGCAGCCCCGUGGGGAAAGAUGCUGAAAUGUUUUGCAGGUAUUCCCCACCCACUUCCUUUGUAGAAUUCUGACGAUUUGAACAUUUCAUCAGUUUCCGGAGGUUAAAGUGAGGUAUUCCUGGAAGCAACCCCGUGUUGCGGGCAGCUCCCUCUUGCAUGCUUAGGCAGGGUUGCCCUGCUUCAGAACAAGCAUGGCUUUUACAGCAGCCACAGAGAUGGGAACAGGGAGACAUCUCCCUGUCCACCCCUGCAGCUCCUCUCUUGAUAUGCAUUCCCACUGGCCAGAAGCUAACCUCCUGGACCUAAACAUCUUUGUCUUUAGUGCUUACCUCAGGUGACUGACUUCUGAGUCUGCUCAAGAAUUCUAAAUUCCUACCUUCUUAGGCGGCACCUCAAGGAAAGUGUUGCAUAGUGGGGUGGAAAGCAAUCGUAUGGGGUUCAUGCAACUUCGAGGGUUCAUCUAUAAUCCUUUUCCUUCUGCUCUGGGGUUGGUAGGAGGUGAGGAAUUUGGGCAAUUUCUUCUCUUUCCUCCCUCUCUCCCACUUUUCUUCCCUCCUUAUCUUCUUCCCUUCCCUCCUUCCUCUUUCCCUCUUUCCCUCCUUUCCCUCUGUGUAUCAUAGCCAACAUACUCCCAAUCCUCCUGUCUCAGUCCCCUAGGUAUGUGCUUGGGUGAAACAGUGAUUGGCAAUGAGGGUAAAUACUGCUGUCGGGGGAUGAUGCUCAGCAGUAUUGUCCAAUCUCUGAAUAAAUAAGGGAUCCAUUGGUCUCACUUCAGUGCUGUUCUGGAAAGGGGCAGAGUUUACCUAUCCAAGGGCCAAACUAAACACAUCAAUUUAUUGACCAAAAUACUUGUAAACUGGAGUGAAACUUGAAAGCAAAUAAAUUCUGAUU